AUGCGUCUUCAAAUUCAUGAAAUUCUUAAUACUCUCCAUGAAAUUUCUAAUACUACAUUAACAUUAAAACUACAUGAGGUUUCUUCUAAUAUUACUUCCUUAACAUUAACAAACUGGUUAACAGUCUUUCUGUUCAUCACCCUAUCUUACACGGCUAAAUAUUACCUCUCCUAUUUUACGCGUAAUAAUCCUUUACCAGGGCCUUUGCCUUUUCCUAUAAUUGGUAAUGCUUAUCUUUUUCGUGGAGAUCUAGCUGAAUUAUUUCUUAAACUUCAAGCAAAAUAUGGGCCAAUAUUUGAAAUUUAUUUUGGUUCUAAGCGUUUGAUUUGGUUGGGUGAUGCAAAGUUACUUAAAAAACUUAACGAUCCAUCUCCAAAAUCAAAUUUCCCAUAUCGUGCUAUAGGUCCUUGGAUUGAUGAAGUUAAAAUGACUAGUAUGGGAAUGAGUCUUAAUAACCAUAUGAGUUCUUGGAGAUUUAAUAGGUCAAUGUUAGGUCGAAGUCUUCUGGUACCUUCACUCGUUCAUAUAAUGGAAAAGGCCUUUAUUGAAUUAGAAGGAUACUGGAUAAUAUUAUCAAAAGGGAAUAAAGUUAUGAAGAUUGAUAUAGCUGAUUGGAUUUAUAAAUUUACAAGUGAUACACUUGUUCCUACAGUAACAAAAAUACCUACUGCAAAUAUGUUAACUCAUUAUAAUUAUCUUAGAAAAAAUAAUUCUAAUAUCACAUUCGAACAACAACAAGCUAUUGAAAUGUGGAAUAGAAUUCGAAUCUGGCAAAAAUCAAUUGUAUUCUUUUAUUGCUUUCCAAAAUUCCUUAGACAUUAUAUUCCACCUUUUACUUUUCUUAAUUCUAAAUAUUUAUAUAACAUAAAUUGGUUAAAUGAAUAUUUUAUUAAUAUUGUAAAACUCAGAAGAAAAGAAAUUGAGAAUACUCCAAAGGGAGAAACAUUAAGUUCUGAUAUUUUAACUUCUCUUAUUUGUUCUAACACACACCUUAGUACUCAAUUCGGCACUGAAAAUGAUGAAUAUGGAAGACCUAUGACAGAUGAAGAAAUUAUGCGAGUUACAAUCGAAGCAAUCACUAGUAGCACUAAUCCGCUUGGUUCUGGAAUAAGUUUUACCGUAUAUAACAUUGCUAAAAAUCCUGCUGUACAAUCCAAGGUUCAUGAUGAAAUCGAUAGAGUCCUUGGUAAAGACAUGAACCGACCUGUAACCUACGAUGAUAUUAUAAAAUUAGAUUAUCUCGAAGCUUGUAUCAAAGAAUCUUUGCGAUUGACGCCAGUUGUCCCAUUUAUUUUUAAAGCAUCAGAUAAAGAAGAUACUGUAGCUGGUCUUAAAUGGAAAGCACAGCAAGAAUUUUUUAUUCAUAUUUAUUAUAUACAUAAAUCCAAAGCACAUUGGCAUGAUCCAGAAUCAUUCAUACCUGAAAGAUUCCUUGGUAAUGAAAAUAUUGAAGAAAGUAGUCAUUUACCAUUCGGUGGUGGACUUAGAACAUGCCCUGGACGUCAUAUAGCAUUAACUAGCGCUGCAAUUUUCCUAACUUUGAUCCUUAGAAAAUAUAAAAUUGAGUUAGUUGAUAACAAGUCAUUCUCAAAAUCAUACGAUUUAGAUUAUAGAUGCGAUAAAUUGGAGGUAUAUCUUCGUCUGAGAAGUGAAUGA